UCAUAUAAUGGCUGUAUAAUAGCAAGUCAACAAAAACUGUUAACCCCAUACUUAAUAAAUAAAUUGCAUUUUUUAUUUCAUAAUCAAAAAUGCCGAAAAAGAAAACAGGACAACGAAAGAAAGCUGAAAAACAAAAACUUCGUCAAAAAGAGAUCAGGUCAGCAAAAGACAAAAUCGCACUGGCACAACAUCCUUGCAAUGGAGCCAUGGAAUGUGAUAGAUGUAAUAGAAAACAAAAAAAUAGAGCAUUUUGCUACUUUUGCCAAAGUAUUCAAAGACUUCCAGUUUGUGCACAAUGUGGAAAGAUGAAGUGCAUGUUAAAAACCGGCGACUGUGUUAUUAGGCAUGCAGGAGUUUAUACAACUGGAUUAGGAAUGGUGGGUGCCAUUUGUGAUUUUUGUGAAGCAUGGGUAUGUCAUGGUAGACGUUGUUUGCAGUCACAUGCUUGCACUUGUCCUCUGCAGGAAGCAAUCUGUGCAGAAUGUGAACGAGGUGUAUGGGACCAUGGUGGGCGUAUUUUCAAAUGCUCUUUCUGUGAUAAUUUCCUGUGUGAAGAUGAUCAAUUUGAGCAUCAAGCAUCAUGUCAAGUUUUAGAAUCAGAAAACUUUAAAUGUCAAUCUUGCAAUAAACUUGGGCAAUAUUCUUGUUUAAGAUGUAAAACAUGUUACUGUGAAGACCAUGUUCGAAGGAAAGGCUUUAAAUAUGACAAAAACAAGUCUAUUCCUUGCCCUAAAUGUGGCUAUGACACAUCACAGACUAAAGAUCUUAGCAUGUCCACUCGCAGUCACAAAUUUGGGCGACAAGCACAAGCAAGUGGUUAUGGUGAUUAUGACGAAAGUGACGAAGCUGAUUAUGAUUAUGGAACAUCUGCCUACAAUUAUGAUAAUGAAGAGGAAGGGAAUGAUUCUUAUGAAGAAUCUGAUGAGGAAUCAGAAGAAUCGUCAGAAGACGACGAGGAAGAAAAGAAAGAUGAAGGUAAAUAAUGUACAUUUAUAUUAUUUGCACAAUAUGACAUGAUCAAUUGGUAUAAUAAACAGUGCUAAAAUAGUUUUCUUCUCUCAAAUACUGAA